CCCCAGGUCUCUGGAGUUUCACCAAAAGAAGGCCCAUUGAAUGGAGGAACCAAAUUGACAAUAAGAGGUCAAAAUUUGGGUCGAAACAAAGAGGAUGUGAUUGGUUUGUAUGUGUGUGGAUCAAAUGUUCUUUCCAGCCUGGAGUACAUAUCAUCGAAUAAACUGAUCUGCACGACGAAACCUUGGAAGGCAGGUUCUGGUAAUGUAUCCGUUGAGACUCAGUCAGGGGGCAGAGGUGUGUCCCUGGUGCAGUUUUGUUUCGUGAAUCCUCCACAAGUU